GCAACCCUGGCAGCCCCAGUGAAAGGGCUGAGCGAGUGUAGCAGAGCGAAAAGGCUUUUUCGGGGCAAGCAACCGACUGGCCACUUCGCCUGGAUGGAGCUCGGCAUGUUUACCGCGGUUCGCGUUACAUUUUCCACUUAAAUUUUUUAUUUUUUUUAAUGUUUCAUGUACACACAUUGUAGGAGCAACACAUCAGCGCUAGCUUUAGCCCGCUCCGCUCUGCUCUGCUCGGCUAAGGCUGCAUGAUUUCUGUUGUGUUGCUGGCUAGUUUGGCUACAAUGCUAGUUCGCUAGUUAGCUUUGUUGCUAAAAAAAAAAAAAAAAAAAAGCCAGAAAAGGGGCUUGGAGAAGUCAGAUUUGUUUUAUAGUGAGCUCUGACUACACCGAAAACUGUGCUGUGUUGCGUUAUUUGUGCGUUGUUUUAUUUUUUUUUCACUAUUGUAGAGAUUUUUAAACGCUUCGUAACCGUUGCGCGUUUGCAGAAAGUGAACGCUGCUUCAUUAUUCUCUUUUUUUCCUCCAAACACUGAUUUUUUUUUCUUUUCAUUUCGUAACUGUAUUUGUUUUUUUUCCCUCUAUUUUUUUAAACAACAGACUCAAAUGUUGCACUGUUUAACUUUUCAAGUUGUCGCAUUUUAUUCGAACAAAUUAAUAAUAAUUAUUUAAAAAAAAAAAAGAAAAACACGAACGAUGCUGUGUUCCCUGUCUGGAGAACUUCGAGUCAAUCCGUGUUUAUUAAUUCCUUUUGUUUGUUUAGUUUAACGCUUUGCUUUUGGGAAAAAAAAAAAAUAUAUAUAUAUAUAUAUAUAUAUAUUUCACACUCAGUGCUCAAAGUAGGCAGUUUAACCAAACAAACAAACAAAAAACCAACAAAACUAACUACCUUUGUAACAUUUCAGAGUGUUUUAAAUAGUAUUAAAGGUGCAUUCGGGUGUUUUUGUUUUUUUUCUUCUUGCGCAGCCGCGGUACAUGAUCUCUCACUCGGGCACAUAACUACAUCCCAAGCUCCCGUCGUGUGUUUAUCACUAAAUAUCAUUUGUUUUUGCAAUUUGGGAGCUUGGUUUUUUUCACAUCUGAAAGCAUGGAUGAUCAUCAGACCCGCAUGCUGUCGGGACUAACCGGGCUCGGGGGACUGGGUCAGGGCGACCCGAAUGACCCGGAUCCGGUCCGGAAGCAGCAGGACAUCGGGGACAUCCUGCAGCAGAUCAUGGCCAUCACUGAUGAAAGCCUGGAUGAGGCCCAAGCCAGAUGCUGGCCAGAGGAGGGACGAGGCGACCCCACACAGGCAGGGGGAGCCGGGGGGAGCGCGGCAGGGGGGGAAUGCACCCUGCCGCUCGACUUCCAACACAGAAAACACGCGUUGAACUGCCACAGAAUGAAGCCCGCUCUCUUCAGCGUGCUGUGUGAGAUCAAAGAGAAGACGGUGUUGAGCAUCCGGGGUGUGCAGGAGGAGGAUCCCCCCGACCCCCAGAUCAUGCGUCUGGAUAACAUGCUGCUGGCCGAGGGAGUUUCCGGUCCUGAGAAAGGCGGCGGAUCUGCGGCGGCGGCGGCGGCAGCGGCGGCCGGAGGAUCACCGAACGACGGCAGCGUGGAGCACUCGGACUACAGAGCCAAACUCGCUCAGAUCCGCCAGAUCUACCACUCCGAGCUGGAGAAAUACGAACAGGCCUGCAGUGAAUUCACCAACCACGUGAUGAACCUGCUGAGAGAGCAGUCACGCACGCGGCCCAUUUCACCCAAAGAGAUCGAACGCAUGGUGGCCAUCAUUCACCGCAAGUUCAGCUCCAUCCAGAUGCAGCUCAAGCAGAGCACCUGCGAGGCCGUCAUGAUCCUCCGCUCACGCUUCCUCGAUGCCAGACGCAAGAGACGUAACUUCAAUAAGCAGGCGACGGAGGUGCUGAACGAGUAUUUUUACUCACACCUGUCCAACCCAUACCCCAGUGAGGAAGCCAAGGAGGAGCUGGCCAAAAAGUGUGGCAUCACUGUGUCUCAGGUGUCUAACUGGUUCGGCAACAAGAGAAUUCGGUACAAGAAAAACAUCGGCAAGUUUCAGGAGGAAGCAAACCUGUACGCAGUAAAAACAGCCGUGGACGCAGCCAACGCUUCUGCACAGGCCAGCCAGGCAAACUCCCCCGCCACACCCAACUCAGGUGGAUACCCAGCGCCGUGCUACACACCUGACGGCCGGCUAUGAGGAGCGGUCAGGAAGUGCCCUUUACACCCCACACUGCCUAGACGCCAACAGCAGCUGGCAGGAAAACCCCAUCACUCCUCCACCCAGACAUCCCAGCAGCGCCCAGUCACAACCCUCCAACUGAGAGAGACACAGUAACACACACUCACACCCACACACACGCGCACACACACAGGACCUCAGCGCUUCCACCAGUCCAACUCCGCUUCCUCCUCGGACUCGCCUUUUGUUUUACAAGCUCUCGGCUACAACAUUGGUAACGAGCCACACGCACGUGCACACACACACACACACACACACACACACACACACACACACACACACACACACACACAUACACACACUCCCUCACACACUCAAGUUUGGACUUCAUUGGACAGUUGUCCAGGAACCUUCACUCGGCCCUUCCUGAGGCUGAAACACAGGAAAAGGAAAAAGAAAGGUCACACGUCAGAGCAUUCUGCUCAGCGCUGGAGAGUUUUGUGUGUGUGUGUGUGUGUGUGUGUGUGUGUGUGAGCGCACACACAUCUACUAAGCCAGCUACAGUGAAGACUACACAGGAUCUCCUUCCUGCCUGCUUUGAACCAAAGUGCUGUCGAGUGUCGUGUGUUUGUCCGUCAGAGAACUGUCUCAGACAGCUGCAGCACGUAAAAAUACCACACAGGUUCUCCUCAGUCCCCGUGUCCAAUCGCUUUCUGACGCCGUCUACUUCACAGCUGCCUGCAUCAUUAAGGUCAUCGGUUCAUAAGGAGAACUCUCACAUGCAUUUAUACUCGGUUGCCGUCUUCCUGCAUUUCCAAAAAUACAAAAUAUAUAUAUAACAGCUAAGCACAACUGUUUAUUGUCGUGACUUUGGAAAGGUUUUUAAUCCCGGAGGAAUGGAGGAGAAGGUGGAGGGCAGGUCUGUACUGGAGCAGAGGGGACAGACAUUUUAAUCACGCACCCGCAGGCUAGAUUUCUCGCCGGCAUUUUUUACAAGAUUUUUUUUUUUUUAAGUUUCUUUUUUUCUCUGUUCAAAUAGCUUAGCAGCUUUUAAUAGCUUUUUUCCUCACAGUGUAGAGUUGAAUAUAACAUAGCUUUCCGACCUGUGUGAGUAGUGAGCUGUGGUUUACAGUUGGGCCACUGAACAUUUAUGCUUUUAUUUUAUUUUAUUUUAUUAUUAUUUUUUUUUUAAAUAAGAAAAUAAGUCUUCCAUCCAUGCAUGUUAAUUCUUGAAGACUAAUUCCAGAGAGUCUUGUGUAGCUUGUCAGUUUUAUAUAUUUUUUUCCAAUAAGUAAAUAUUGCAGAAUGGAGAGAAUGUAAUGGAACGACAGACCAAAAAAAACAUCACGCGUCAUGUACAUCACCGAGCACUCCGGCCCUCCAGGACGCUCCAGGAGAUGACCAUUUUUAUAUCAGCCUUCGAGUUGAACCAGAGCUUCAGAGGCUGCGUCGACCCGACUGUGUACUUCCAAACCAAAAAAAAAAAAGUCUGAGAUGAGAUUGCAAAAUGUAGGUGGAUGUAAGAACCCAUGGAGGAAGUGGGUUUUGAUUUUAAGCUCUUGUAUGAUGUUUUUUGUCUUGUUACACUUUUUAUCUGAUUGUAUCUUUCGCUAUAUGCGACAAAAAGCAUCCAUACUGUGAUACUAGCAUGCCAUAUCAUCCCAUUAAAAAAAACAAAACAAAAACAAAAAAAUUCUUUAACCUGGCUGAGCAACAAGGGCUCUUCACCUUUUUGAAGUUGAACCAAAAAUGCAUGUCGUGGUUUUAAAGUCGGUGGACUGCAGCACACAUUGAGGAUGGUCACAUUAAACUCCAGUAUUGGUUUCCUGACACAGGAAGUACAGAAAUAAAGUGUGGACGUGUUGUUUUGUUUUUCAAACACGUCUCUCUCGCUCGCUCUCUCGCUCUUUCUUCAUCAAUUUUUUUUUUUUAAUUUUUUUUUUCUUCCUUUAAUACUGACCAUGGUAGCACCAGGGCAUCCUGAUACACGAAUGGAAAUUGUUACACAAUGAACUCGACACCUGAAAUAUAAGAUGGGUUUUGUUUAUAGACACACACACAGACACACACACACACACACACACACACACACACACAUAUACACAGACACACACACGGAUAUGACUCAAAAAUGACCUUUGUACCCACAUCUGUAUAGAUUAAUGUUACUUAAUACAUUUCAGCUGGCUGGCUUUUCUUCUAACUAAUGCUAUUACUACACCAAAAUAAUUUUUUUUAUUAUUAAUAAUAAUACUUUUUUUUUUUUUCCCUUCCUCCCUUCCUCCUUUUUGUACUCGUCAUCAACGGAUGUCAUUGUACAGAUUGUGGAAUGUUUAAGUGUAUUUCUCUUUUUAUAAAAUGUACACGUUUGAUUUUAAUUACUUUUUUUUUCGACUUUACUCCAAUAAUGACCUGGAGUGUUUGUAUUUUGUAUUUGUAAUGUUGUUGAGUUUGAUUUUGGGGUUUUUGGUUGUUAUUAUUGUUUUUUUGUUUUUUUGUUUUUAAAUCAGUUGAAUUUGUGUUUGGUGCAGUGAAUUAAAGCACCCCCGAGUUACAGCACCUGUGCAUGUCUGCUUAUCUUCCAGCUGGCAUCCAUUCGAAACGCUACAGGGUUUCUUAAGAAGCGUGACGUUUUUUUUUAGAGGCUUCACAACACGACAAAUAGGCAAAAGGUUACGGCUCCAGUCACAGGCUGGAUUUUUGUGCGUUUACGAGCGUGUUUGCUUGCUCAACAGGAGAUCCAGCCUCCCGGCAACUCCUCCCAGCGGCUCAGUCCUCUUUUUUGUCCUUUAACAAGUCUUUUGUGCAGUUGCCAAGCGUGCGACGUUUCCAUUCCUGAAACUUGCUCAUCAUUUAUGAGGGUUCUAAGCCCUCAUUGCAGCUGCGGCAUGAACCAGCACGUUCCCCGCCACACACAGCCCUGACAUCCUGGAAUUACACCACAUUGCUGGAAUUACUUAGAGCUUCUCACCUGAGAGAGACGAGUCUCACAUCCUGUUUACACCUGGGACUUUUGUGCUUCUUGAGUAACCGAUUUUAUCCAGCAACUAUUUAUGUAUAAAAACUAAAUGAGGAACAAAACAGGAAGGUGAACAUAAUGAGCUGAUUUGCAUAUUAAUGCAUGAAUCUGAUUUGAACAAAGCCUUGUCAUCCGCUUAAUCACGACAGCGUUUCAGAAAGUGAGAGUCCUGACCCUAUUCAGUUCCUAACUGAUCCUAGAUGAACUCUCGUUUCCGUACACACACCACACACACACUCGCAAAGAAGCUUGCGAUCAUGUGACAGCAUUAGGUUUCACUGCACCGAAAACAAAUGAAACAGAUUUGUGGUUUUGUUACGUAUAAUUUUUUUUCCCCUCUAGAACUGUAGUAUAUCCUUCCUUCCUCCCGUCUUUUCCGCUUCUGUAUUCAUCACUCCUCCUUUUCUCUACCUCUCCCCUGUUCUCUCCAUUUCUCUUGUAUAUAAAACCCUGCCAUUUUCAGACUUGUUAGUCUGGUAUGAACUCCUUUUAUACCUCAACUUUAGAACUGUUCUAGUAAGAGAGAAAAAAAAAAAAAAACAAAGGAAAUAUGAGAAUUGUAGUGUUCCUUAUUAGAAAAUUGAAAACUAAUAAAAUAAUCUAGUGUGCUUUUGA